AUGGGGCAUGGUGCGGGAGGUUUAGCUUUACUCUGGAAGGAAAGAGUUAAAGUGGAAGUCAUUGAAGCAAAUGCUAACCUGAUCGAUACGGUAGUGGAAUAUGAGGGCAAGAGCUUCUUCUCCUCGUUUGUGUAUGCUGACACAGACUAUAUUAAGCGCCGCGAGUUGUGGACUUAUUUGAUAUCAGUAUCAGAUGCUAGAGAUGCCCCCUGGUUCAUUACAGGAGAUUUCAAUGACAUUUUAAAUGAAACUGAGAAAGAGGGGGGACUACAAAGACCUGAAAGCUCCUACAAUGAUCUUCGAACCUUUUACUCAGAAGGAGACCUAUAUGAUCUUCAGUACUCGGGGGAUCCUCUCUCUUGGCGAGGGCAGCGAGGUGAUUAUUUGGUCCGAUGUAGGCUUGAUAGAGCUGCUGCCAACUCCAAUUGGGCAGAGCGCUUCCCUACAGCCAGAAGCGUGUAUCUUACAUACGAAGGAAGUGAUCAUAAACCUAUUGCCUCCAUUUUCGAACCUGAGAAGAAACGGAGAAGGGGCGUCUUUCGUUUUGAUCGACGACUGCGAGAUAACCCUGAAGUUCAGGAACUGAUCAAAACCACGUGGAGGGAAGCUCGUAAUAAGUCAGUCACCCAGCGUAUAGCCCUUACCCGAAGCGCAAUCUCCUACUGGAGUAAGAAGCAACAACGUAACAGUAGACUUGCUAUCGAUAAGAUGAAGGAGGCUCUGGAAGCAGCCGAAACGGACAUGGCAAAUGAUACAAACCUCAUCCAGAAAAUUAACUCUGAACUGCAAGAAGCCUACAGGAAAGAAGAAGAGUAUUGGAAACAGAGAAGUCGCUUACUGUGGCUCCGAUUGGGAGAUAGAAACUCAGGCUUCUUUCAUGCUAUUACCAGAAAUCGUAAGCGGAUCAAUGCCUUCUCUGUUCUCGAGGAUGCAUCAGGAGAGUUGGUUUACACGGAGGACAAAAUCAGCAAAGCUAUAGAAAUUGUGGAGGAGAUACAAGCUUUCUUUGCUACUGGUUCUCUCCCGAACAGAGUAAAUGAGACCUUUAUCCGAUUGAUACCGAAGAUACAGUCUCCGAAAUCAGUGGCUGACUAUCGACCGAUAGCCCUGUGCAAUGUAUACUACAAAAUUGUCUCUAAGUUGCUAUCCAAGAGACUGCAGCCUCUGCUUCCAUCUAUUGUCUCAGAAAACCAGUCCGCUUUUGUUGCCGGUAGAGCCAUCUCAGAUAAUGUCUUAAUCACGCAUGAGGUUUUGCACUAUCUGAAGACUUCUGACGCUGAGAAGAGAUGCUCAAUGGCGGUCAAGACCGACAUGAGCAAAGCCUAUGACAGAUUAGAGUGGAACUUUAUUGAGCAUGUUCUGCUGAGAUUGGGGUUUCAUCGCCGAUGGGUUACUUUGAUCAUGGCUUGCGUGACUUCAGUUACAUACGCCUUCCUCAUCAACGGCUCGCCUAGAGGAAGAGUUAAACCGAGUAGGGGAAUCCGGCAAGGAGACCCACUCUCACCAUACAUCUUCAUAUUGUGUAGUGAAGUUCUCUCGGGACUAUGUAACAAAGCCCAAGAAAAUGGUCGUCUAAAAGGAAUCCGGGUUGCGCGAGGGUGUCCUCAAGUAAACCAUCUACUUUUUGCGGACGAUACUAUGUUUUUCGUUCGAGCAACUGAGACCAGCAGUUUAGCCCUCAAGGAGAUUUGGCAAAAAUAUGAAGCAGCUUCCGGUCAGUCCAUAAAUGUAGCAAAAUCUUCGGUAACCUACUCCAAGCUAACUCCGGAUGCGCUGAAAGAAAGGGUUGCAGACAUAUUGCAAAUUCAUGGUGAGGGAGGAGUUGGCAAGUAUCUCGGCCUCCCCGAGCACUUUGGGCGCAAAAAGAAAGAUCUCUUCAACUCAAUAGUUAGUAGAAUUGUACAAAAGGCAAAGAGCUGGGCUAAUCGGAAACUCUCUACCGCUGGAAAGUUAACGAUGCUACAGAGUGUCCUCUCACCCAUUCCUUCAUACUCCAUGACAUGCUUUGAGCUUCCUGCAUCACUGAUUAGAAGAAUCCAAUCGGCCCUCACCCGCUUUUGGUGGGAUGGACCGGAUGGGAAUAAGAAGAUGGCAUGGGUGUCGUGGGACAAAAUGAAACAACCUAAAUCUCUGGGUGGACUGGGGGUGAGAGACUUUGAAUGUUUUAAUGAUGCUUUCCUGGCCAAGCUUAGCUGGCGGCUCAUCAAUAACCCCUCUUGCCUGCUCAGUAGAGUUUUGUUUGGAAAAUAUUGUCAUGAGGAAAGCUUCCUUACAGUGCAACAAGCUUCAUCGGUCUCCCACGGGUGGCAUGGGAUCCUGGUAGGGAGAAAUUUGGCGCUUAAGCAUGCGGGUUGGGUGAUUGGUGACGGUGCUUCAGUUGGAGUUUGGGACGAUGCAUGGCUGAGUCUCACCCAACAGGAGCGACCAAUGGGACCAGCAAAUGAAGACAGCUUAUCCCUUACAGUGUCAGACCUUUUCCUGCCAAACACGCGGGAAUGGGACAGCGAAGCUAUUCAACGAUGGAUCCCCUUUGAAGAGGAGAGAAUCAAGCUCAUUAAACCGAGUACUACCGGGGCUCCGGAUAAGCUGGUUUGGCUGAAGACAAAAUCUGGCGCUUUCACUACUAAGUCAGGUUACUACGCCGCCCUGGAAGAAUGUGAUGAUGGCCAGUUUGCUAACUCAACUCUGAGUAACUGGCAUAGAGAUGUGUGGAGGCUACCAGUGGCGCCAAAGGUUAAGCUCUUCCUAUGGAAGAUCUUUCAAGGAGCUCUAGCAGUAGGAGAGAGACUGGUGGCACGCCAUAUAAACGUUGAUCAACACUGCAAAAGAUGCAAUGAGAUUGAAUCUACGAAUCAUCUUCUUCUUCAUUGCAGGUUUGCUAAGAAGGUUUGGGAGUUGGCUCCGCUUAGCACAGGCUUUGACCUUAGAGGAUUGGUAGAUUUGGCAGAGUUGUGGUCCGACCUUUGUAGAGUAGUCUCACUUCCCCCAGUCGGCCUACAAGCUGGGUCUUUGGUCCCAUGGAUUUUAUGGGCGAUCUGGAUAGCCAGGAACAACCUGAUUUUCAAUAACAAGACAUCAACCCCGGAAGAAACUAUUACCAAGGCGGUGGUUAUGGCCCGAGAAUGGUUCCUGGCCCAGGAAAAGGUGACACCACAUAAGAAGGAAAUACCCCUUCCUCUGAGGCUACCGGAAGGAACUACAGUAGUUGCGGUCGAUGCGGCGUGGAGGGGUGACUCGAAUACAGCAGGAUUCGGCUGGGUUAUGAAGCAUACAGGUAGUAAGGUUCAGUUUGAAACUGCAUCGAGAUCAGUCAGAUCUCCGCUUAGUGCUGAGGGCUUGGCCCUUCGAGCUGCGAUUAUGAAGUGUAAAGAGUUGGGAAUCCAGCAGGUUAUCUUCGAGUCUGACUCUACUCAACUGGUAGCAGCGCUCAAGCCGCAGUCGGCACCUCCGGAACUGUAUGGAAUAGUUGCGGAUAUCCUACAUUGUGCUGUUUCUUUCAAAUUCUGUUCUUUUAUUUGGAUUCCUCGUAGCAAGAACAGUGAGGCCGAUGUGUUGGCAAAACAUGCUCUGUUUUCUGAAAACUCUGUUUUGUACCCUUUGGGGUUUUAA